AUGAAUGUUAGUGAACAACGUUAUGUACCAAAGAAAAAGGUUAAGGAACUUUAUUCGAGGCAAGAGCUUGUCGGUAGAGGUGCUUAUGGCGCUGUUUAUAAAGGGAUAAAUAAUGAAACGAAUCAAGUCGUAGCUAUUAAAGUGCUAAACCUGGAUACUGAAGAAGAUGACGUUGGUGAUAUUAUCAAGGAGAUAAACUUAUUAUCUCAACUAAAGCAUAGUGAUUCUCAAAGUAUAACUAAAUAUUAUGGAAGUUUUCUUCAUGGUACAAAGUUAUGGAUUAUCAUGGAAUACGCCGCAGGCGGAAGUAUUAGGUCAUUGGUAGAAGAAAAAUACAUAUCAUUGAUAACAAGGGAAGUCCUACAAGCAUUGAUUUAUUUACAUAAAUGUAAAAUUAUUCAUCGGGAUAUCAAAGCGGCAAAUAUUUUAUUAACGGAAGAAGGAAAGGUUCAAUUGUGUGAUUUUGGUGUGGCAGGACAAUUAACAGCUUCAUCCGCAAAAAGAACAUCAUUUGUUGGUACACCAUAUUGGAUGGCACCUGAAGUAAUAAAGGAGGGAGCAACUUAUGACACAAAGGCGGAUAUAUGGUCUUUAGGGAUUACUGUAAUCGAAAUGGCUACAGGAAAUCCUCCUCAUCAUAAAUUAAGUGCUAUGAAAGCCAUACAACUUAUACCAAAAACUCCUCCGCCUCAGCUAGAAGAUAAAUUUUCUGUUCACAUAAGAGAGCUGGUUUCUUUAUGUUUAAAUGAUUAUUCAGAACAGAGACCCACAGCAGAGGAAUUAAUGAAAUCUAAAUUCAUAAAAAGUGCUACAAAGCAUCCAAUUGGGUUAUUAAGAGAACUUAUCGCAAAGUAUGAACAAUGGAGACAGACAACCGGAUUUCGCCAUUCAUUCCAAGAUCCUAAUGGGACUCCGUCGAGUGAUUCAUAUGAUUUUGAGGAGAAACAAAAGGAAGAAGAGGAUGCUUGGGUGUUUGAUACAGUUCAAAAUACAGUAAAUCAUCGUAAAUCACAUUCCUUGGGAUCUCUUAUCAGUAAAUCAGAUCAGUUAUCACCCGUAAUGGAGGGAGAUGAACAGCAAGGAUUUAUAAUAGAUAAAAAACUAAAUGGAAUAUCUGGAGAUGAUACGGAUAGAACUGUUGUACCAAAAGAUACAACUUUUAGAUAUGGAAGAAUAAUAACUGAAGGUUUUCUUUCGCCUUCAAAACCAAUAUUUCAAAGAAAAUAUUCAGAGACUCAACAUCCUUUACUUCAACUGUUUAAUAAUGAAGAAUCACAAGAUAAUAUUUCAAAAGAUUCUUCACCAACUGGAAGCUAUAGAAGUCCAACUAUAGCAAUACCCCCGGUAAAUAUCAAUACUAUAAUGCCACAUAUGGAAGAUUCACCUUCAAGAACAAUGACACGAGCUCACUUCCAAACAACUUUUCUUGUUCCAAAGUCAAAAGAUUCUGAUAAUGGUUCUAUCGAUAGUAGGUUAUCAAAUUCGAGCAAAGAUGGUGUCGGGAGUUCGAAAUCACCUUUAUCAUCAUCAUUCAAUUCUGAUUCAUCUAUUUCAAUUUUAUCUACAAAUUCUGAAGUUUCAAAAAGUGUAACUACGGACAAACAACAAGAAGAAUCUUCUAUAUCAGCAUCACAAAAAAAUGCAUCGAAAUCAUCAUCAGAAGCAUUUGGAUUAUUACCACCAACGAAUGGAAAGCCUGGAGGUCCAGUAAGACAAGAGAGCGGAUACUUUACAGCUCAACAUAGUUUAAGAUCUAAUAUAUCUGUAGAAGUUACUAAUCCUACCAUAAAUUCAGGAUCGAAUUCAGGGGGGUUAUUAACUCCUCCAUUAUCUUCACUUGCUGCACCAAAAUCAUCUAAUGGAUUAGGUUCGAUGUCAGAAUUCAUAAACAAUCACGGUAAUUCUUCAACACAUUCUUCGAUAUCAAAAAUGGGAUAUGCUAGAUCACCCGUAAGGCAUGGAAGUUAUGACAUGCCCAAUCAUGAUUCUUCUCAUGGUGUGCCGCUUUAUAGGUCAAGUAGCCAAGGAAAACAAUAUCCUACUUCUCAAGCAGCAGCUCGUAGGGUUAGAUCUGCUACUACUUUAAAUACUUAUAGACCGACUCACGAAGAUAUUAUGACCAAAUCUAAACACCUUCAACCAGAUACUGACAAUAAUAAUUUAGCCGUAGGUUCAAGACAGAGAUCUACGAGUAUAAGCAAUGUGCAAAGAUCUCCUAAACCAAAACUUCUUGCAGACGAAAGCGGAGCCUCAUCUCAUUUACUUACACCUUCACCAUCGUCAUCAAAAUUUAAUCAAUUAACUUUAUCAUUAAAUCAACAAAAUUCUCCAACUAGACCAUUAUUUACAGGAAAUGGAGCAAGCGCACAAAAUAUAUCUACAACAACAUCAAUAAAUUAUGCGGGACCUGAAUUAAAAUCAUUAAAAAUGGAUAAUUAUCGUGGGAGUAUUGAAGUUUAUGAAGAUUUAUCAAAAACUACAGAUGAUUUAUUACAAUGGUUAACAUUAUUAGACGCCGGAAUUAAUCAAUUAUUAACAAGAUUUUAA